UACUUCCGGUUUAAGAUAAAAUUUCUGCUCUGUCAAAAUAUUGACAUAUUCACUCUUUCUGCUCAGAAGAUCAUGAUUCUUUCGACAAUUGUUGAAUUCUAAGUUUAAUCCUAACCUGUUCUUUCAUAUAGAAGAUGGAAUUUGCAGAGUUCAUCAAAACACCUAUGGUGGAUAAAGUUGUGCUGAGACGCCCGUACACAGAACCAUUGGAGGGCACGCUGUGCAUCACAGGACAUCAUCUGAUCAUAUCCUCUCGAGGAGAAACACAGGAGGAAGUCUGGCUCCUCCAUAAGAACGUCGACAAUGUUGAGAAAAAGCUUGCGGGGUCGAGCGGGACAUUGACUUUGAAAUGUAAAGAUUUCCAGCUGAUGUUGCUUGAGAUACCAACAGUGGAUGAUUGUUUGAAUGUUGCCAGUAGCGUCGAACAGCUGUCUCAUAUAGACAACAUCAAUUUGGCGUACCCGUUCUUCUUCCGACCGAUGUUUGACAUCAUCGAGGACGGAUGGCAGGCGUAUACCGCUGAUUCCGAAUUUUCCCGCCUCAUCAACACCUCAGACGACUGGAGGAUCUGUCACCGGAACAAGAAUUUUGAGCUUUGCCCUUCUUACCCGAGAGCUCUGGUGGUCCCGAAAAGUAUCGACGAUGAGACGUUGAUACGCGUGGCACAGUUCCGAUACCUUGGACGCUUCCCGGUGUUGAGUUAUUAUCAUAAGGAAAAUACAAUGGUGAUCUUGCGUAGUAGCCAACCCCUCACCGGCCCGAACUCCCGCAGAUGUAAGGAAGACGAGAAGCUCGUAAAUGCCACGCUCGGUAUCGGGAAGCGAGGUUAUAUCAUCGAUACCAGAAAUGCGGGACUGGCAAAAAUGGCGCAGGCUAAAGGAGGAGGUGUUGAGCCAGAGCAUCACUACCCCCAGUGGAGGCGGAUCCACCAGUCUAUAGAAAGAUACCAUGUGCAACAUGAAUCUCUAAUCAAAAUGAUGGAAGCAUGUAGCGACACAAAUGCUAGUAUGGACAAAUGGCUGUCUAAGAUCGAAUCAAGUGGUUGGUUCGGGACCAUCAAGGACAUCUUAACGUGUGGCUGCGUCGUCGCUCAAUGCAUCGACAAGGAGGCUGCUUCUGUCCUGGUUCAUGGAUCCGAGGGGCUUGAUACCACGUUACAAGUCACCUCACUGGCUCAGGUGAUAUUGGAUCCGGACUGCAGGACAGUUAGAGGGUUUGAAGCUUUAAUCGAGAGAGAGUGGGUCCAGGCGGGCCACCCAUUCGCGGACAGGUGCUCCAAGUCUGCAUACGCCGUCACCAAGACUCGGAACGAAUCCCCGGUGUUUAUGAUCUUCUUAGAUUGCGUCUGGCAGAUCUGGCAACAGUUUCCGUGUUCCUUUGAAUUCAAUCAACAAUUCCUGGUCACGUUGUUCCAGCAUGCAUACGCUUCACAAUUCGGAACUUUCAUGUGCAAUAAUGAGUUCGAGAGACAGAAGCAUGAUCUACCGAACAAAACAGUUUCUUUAUGGUCGUAUAUAAACCGACCAGAAGUUCUUCAGACUUAUAUGAAUUCCCUGUACGAGCCUAAUAUGGCUGUCAUAUGGCCAUCAGUAGCACCCCAAAGUCUGUUAUUAUGGCCGCUGUAUCAGCGUAACCUGUUGGACCAACGGCCACAAGAAGAGGCUUGGGAGGAGAUCAUUAAGAUCAAGGAGCGUGACCAGGAGUUGAAGUCACGCGUUGUAAGAUUACGAAGGACGCUUGCUGCGCUAGAAAAGGAAGCCAUCGACACUGGACUUAUUGCACACGCAGCACAACUUCCACCGAGUACACAGUCUUGAAGAUGGGGGCACGACACAUUCCUGGUUGUGAAUUAGAGAGAACUAAAUGUGCUGUUGUUUAGUCAAAGUGUUCAGCUAGACAAACGAAUCCAAAUACAUGUGUUACGUGUUAGAGAACAGAAGGAGAGCAUUUCAUUGCGGAAAAAUUCUGCAUUUCGACAUCGCGAGACGCACUCUCAGUUUAAGUCCGAGUGGGAAUGUGUGUCAGGAGAGUGCACAACCACUGUAAUGAUACAUGUACGUACAGUAGAAUCUCUCCAACAGGACACCUCUCUGUUAAGGACACCCUUUCUAUCAAGGAGACCGGUUUUGUUCCCAAACCUGUCAUUUUCAUUCAACUUGACCUCUUUAAUCAGGACGUCUCCCUAUCAAUGACACCAAUAGUCAGUCCCAAGGAUUUCCUAAGGAGGUUUUACUAUACUUGACGACACUGCCUGUGUAUAUUUGUAAAUUCUGAACAAAUCUUCAUGUUGUAUAUAGCGAAAGAUGUACUUAAGUGAUUAUAUGUGUAAUAUAUAGAAAAUGUACAUGUAUUGAUGUGAUCAGAUUCUAUUGUUGCCAACCUCUUUAAGGGAUGGAAGGACUCUGGUUAGUCCAAUUGUGAAAAACUGGAACAAUCUUGAAAACCAAAUAGGCUGUAAGCCAUCAGACUAAAUUACGUCACUGGAUGUUCCAUGAAUGUCUCAUAUUUCAGAGAGUCUUAAUUGUGAUGAUAAUCGAAUACACUAUGUUUGUUUGGUGCAUCAGUCAAAAAUGUCAGUCUCUUUGUAAAGUCUUUGGAAAGAUGCAGCCAAACUUUGGACCUUUAUCAUGUUUUUGGUUCCAGUUUUGAAUAUUGCUUAUGACAAAGAAAGACUAGAAAAUAAAUGUCAAU